CUCUCCCCUAUUUAUAUCCCUUCCCCAUUCUCAUCCCUUCCACCAACAAAUAUAACAAAAUCUAUAUCUCUACAUCUAUACAUACAUACAUAUAUAUCUAUAUAUACAUAUCUACGCACUAUCCCACACACACAGAAUUAGAUAAUUAUCAAUCAGAAAUGGCGAAACACUCACCGUCGGCGAAGCUAACGAAGGCCACAAUCACCUUUCUCGCAAUCCUCUUGGUCUUGGCGUAUUGUUCGACGCCGGUGAGAGGUCUGAGAGGAUUGGUGGGGGUGAGGACGAAGAUCGAGGACGUGAAGGGGAACCGAGAGGUACAGGAGCUGGGGAGGUACUCGGUGAAGGAGUACAACCGAAGCCGGAGGCGGAGCAACGGCGGCGGCGAAGAUCUGAGGUUCAUGGAGGUGGUGGAGGCCGAGAGACAGGUGGUUUCGGGGAUCAAAUACUAUCUGAAGGUGGCGGCGGCUGCGGACGCCAGGCAGAGCGGUGGUGCUCCGAGGACGUUUGACGCAGUGGUGGUGGUGAAACCUUGGGUCCAAUCCAAGAAGUUGAUCGACUUCGCUCCUUCAACGGCAAGUAGCAACUAAGUAGGAUAAGUCUGGCGAUAACAAUUUUGGCAGUUGAUUUAUUUUCACUUUUAUUUUCUGUUUUUGAGAGUUUGUAACCACGUUUAUGCGGGCAGGCAUGUAAUAUGUUGUUUUUUAAAAAAUAAAAUAAAAUAAAUUUUGAAUAAA